CUUUCCCCUUACAGCAUCUAUUUAUUCACACCUCGACUCACUCCCUGGAACACAACAGUAAAGAAAGAUAUCAAGAAACUCCAUUUUUGUUAAGGCAUAAAUUAAGGAUAGUACUGGCAAAAAUACAACUAUUUUUCUUUUAUUAUGUUGUCUUAAGUUAGAGAAGUUGGAAAAAGGGUGUCUAAUUCGACUUUUCUUGAUUUUAAAGCAAGAAAUGUCCACUAUGUGGCUCUUCAUUGUGGGGUUUCUUUUUGUGGUUUCCUGUGUCCAUGGCAAUGAACAAGGAUGGAUUCAAGCUCAUGCCACUUUCUAUGGAGGUGGUGAUGCUUCAGGGACCAUGGGUGGGGCAUGUGGUUAUGGGAAUUUGUACAGUCAAGGGUAUGGUACAAACACAGCAGCAUUGAGUACAGCACUGUUCAACAAUGGGUUGAGCUGUGGGGCCUGCUUUGAGUUGAAGUGUGUGAAUGACCCAAAGGGGUGCCUAGGAGGGUCAAUAGUGGUCACAGCCACCAAUUUCUGCCCGCCAAACUAUGCCCUCCCAAAUAAUGCAGGUGGGUGGUGCAACCCUCCAUUGCACCAUUUUGACCUCUCUCAGCCUGUUUUCCAACAAAUUGCCCAGUACAGAUCUGGGAUUGUUCCUGUUGCUUACAGAAGGGUACCCUGCAAGAAGAGAGGAGGUAUCAGAUUUACUCUGAAUGGUCACUCAUACUUCAACUUAGUCCUAGUGACUAACGUAGGAGGUUCAGGGGAUGUCCAUGCAGUUUCAAUUAAAGGCUCAAGAACAGAUUGGCUACCCAUGUCUCGUAAUUGGGGUCAAAAUUGGCAAAGCAACUCCUUUCUUGAUGGCCAAAUCCUUUCCUUCAAGGUCACCACCGGCGACGGCCGCACCGUCGUCUGCAUCAACGUUAUCCCCGGCAGCUGGUCCUUCGGCCAAACUUUCACCGGCGCCCAGUUCACUUAAUUAAUCCGUCAACAAUCAAUACUAUAAAAGAAUAGUAUGUGCAAGUGUUGUGUCAUAGGAUUUUUCUACUAGUGAUUAGUAUUAGUGUUGAAAUUAUGGGAAGGGCUUGUUUUAAAGUGGCUCUUAUCCAUUUGUUUAGGGUGUUCAUGAGGCCACCUAAUUCGAAUUCUUAAUACACAGUUCGAAUUGUGACCUUUUAACUACUGAAUUGUCUGUCUAAGUAAGACAUUAUUAGGGAGUUAAUAUGUAUAAAGUCGUAUAUUUCUGUCAAAUGUCAUUUUAGGACGACAGAAAUUAGGCAGAGGUGGAAUGAUUUUAUUGUUGGUCACCACCCGCUGUAGUAGUACUUCAUGGUAAGGGUAAUAGUAAUUAUGGUGAAGCCUCUUCUUCUUC